CAUUUCCUGAUCCCUUUCCAUAAACCUUUGGAACAUAUGUGUGUUCCCAGAAAAAGUUACCGAUGUCAAUGCCUGCUUCGGACCCAGGGUACAAAGGUCCAUGCAACAGAUUAAGGCUAGUGUAACAUUUGAGAGUGCUGGCUCUGGAGCCAGCCUACCUCGGUUUGAAUCUGCCUUUUCUAGCCUUGGGCACAGACUAAUAGAGACAGAGCAGGGUGUGCCCCUCAGAGCAGGGUGCCCCAGGGCGGGGAGCCGCUGGGCCUGCAGACCUGGAGAUGGCCACCAGGUGGCGCCAGGACCCCUCAGUGUCGACUUGUCCUGAUGAUUGUGGAGAUUUGGUUCUGAAUUCAGUUGAUUUGGGGUCUUACAGCCCAAAGGAUAAGCGUGCCUAAGAGAACGUGGUCCUGAAAGGGAAGCUGGACUGAAGCAACAGCCUGUGAAAUUGCACAGAGUGCCCAAUCCAUGCCACACCCCUGGAUAACGGUCACUGCUUCUUUUCCCAAAGGUGGGAUGUUUCCUCAUGUCCGCAUCCCCGGUCUCCAUCCCACCCCCAGAAAGAGCCCCAAGGGCGAGAGAGAAUCAGUAGAGGUUCCGGCCUUCCCAAGCCACUGGCAGGAUUGGGCUCCGCUGCUCCGCAGCGGAGGAGAGUCCUACCACAGGACAAUGGGGGGUCCAGGUUGCUCCCCGGCGGCCUCCCUCGGAAGUGCUCCGUCUUCCACCUCUUCGUUGCCUGUCUCUUACUGGGCUUCCUCUCCCUGCUCUGGCUGCAGCUCAGCUGCUCCGGGGACAUGGCCCGGGCAGCCAGGGGACAAGGGCAGGAGACCCCGGGCCCACCCCGCUCCUGUCCCCCUGAGCCACCACCUGAGCACUGGGAAGAAGAUGCCUCCUGGGGCCCCCACCGCCUGGCUGUGCUGGUGCCCUUCCGCGAGCGCUUUGAGGAGCUCCUGGUCUUUGUGCCCCACAUGCAUCGCUUCCUGAGCCGGAAAAAGAUCCAGCACCAUAUCUAUGUGCUCAACCAGGUGGACCACUUCAGGUUCAACCGCGCAGCCCUCAUUAACGUGGGCUUCCUGGAGAGCAGCAACAGCACGGACUAUAUCGCCAUGCAUGACGUGGACCUGCUGCCCCUCAACGAGGAGCUGGACUAUGGCUUUCCUGAGGCCGGGCCCUUCCACGUGGCCUCCCCGGAGCUCCACCCGCUCUACCACUACAAGACCUACGUGGGCGGCAUCCUGCUGCUCUCCAAGCAGCACUACCAGCUGUGCAAUGGGAUGUCCAACCGCUUCUGGGGCUGGGGCCGUGAAGAUGACGAGUUCUACCGGCGCAUCAAAGGGGCCGGGCUGCAGCUUUUCCGCCCCUCGGGAAUCACAACUGGGUACAAGACUUUUCGCCACCUGCAUGACCCAGCCUGGCGGAAGAGGGACCAGAAGCGCAUCGCUGCUCAAAAACAGGAGCAGUUCAAGGUGGACCGCGAGGGCGGCCUGAGCACCGUGAAGUACCGCGUGGAUUCCCGAACUGCCCUGUCAGUGGGCGGGGCCCCAUGCACUGUCCUCAACAUCCUGUUGGACUGUGACAAGACUGCCACCCCCUGGUGCACGUUUGGCUGAGCUGGCGGGACAAUAAGGAAGCCUGUACCCGCAGGCCACACAGCUCCUCAGGCUCAGGACAAAGCCUCAGGCCCGGGGCCCAACUCCAAUAGGAUGUGGAGGGUCCCGAAGCAGCGGAUAGUAGGCCACCUGGCUCCCCCAGGGCAGGCUGGAGCAAGGACGGGACACACCCUUGGGCGCCCGAGACGCUGCUGGCAAUAAACAGUGACACAGGCUGGAUGCAGCUCCCACCUGGGACCGUCCACCCCCUUCCUGCUUGCCCUGCUCCACUUGCCCUCGGGCACUCAGACCAUGAGGACUUUUGGUUCCUUCCCCCUGGACCGCCUUGGGCAGAAGCCAGGCCAUGGACAUGGGUGGCCGGGCCCAUCAAGAGGUUUAGAACUGCAGACACCGCUGUGCAGGUCCCAUGGUAGGACACUGCGGACGCCGGCUCUGGCUGCAUGUCACUGUGCAGGAACGCAGGCCCCAUGUUGCUGGAUCUUCUGAUUUUUUCAAAAGAAACUAGAAUUCUGGAUUCUUAAGUGAAA